CCUCUCCUGUCUAUCCUAUCUAUUUGUUUCCAUGUUUUUAGGUCCGUGUGAUUUUGCUAAAAUGCAUCAUCAACAGCGGAUGGCAGCUUUGGGAACAGACAAGGAACUGAGCGACUUACUGGAUUUCAGUGCGAUGCGAAACAGCGAUUUGAAAAUGUUCCCAACAUCCAUGAUGUUUUCCCCUCCUGUUAGCAGUGGAAAGAACGGGCCGACCUCCCUGGGGAGCGGACAUUUCUCCGGCUCAAGUAUGGAGGAGAGGACGUCUGCGGGCUCCUGGGCCGGCGGGAGCCGCUCCUCCAAGAGUUAUGUCGACAGCUCUCAGUACGGUCACAUGACCAGCAGAGAGAUGACAUCACACGACAGCCUCUCACCUCCGUACGCAAACUCCAGGCUAGCAGCAGGUAAAUCAGAGCGAGGGUCCUACCCGUACGGGAGGGAGUCCAACCCACACUGCCACCAGUCGUUACUGGGCGGUGAGUUGGGUAUGGGGAGUCCCGGCGCCGCGUCGCCCACCAAGCCAGGCGGUCAGUACUACCAACACUUCGGCUCGAACCCGCGGAGGAGACCGCUGCAUAUGGAUACCAUGGACGUCCACCCCAAAAAAGUGCGGAAAGUCCCUCCCGGCUUGCCGUCCUCAGUGUACGCCCCGUCUGCCAGUACAGCCGACUACAACAGAGACUCGCCAGGUUACCCCUCAUCUAAACCUCCCAGCGCCGGCUUCCCAAGCUCAUUUUUUAUGCCAGAUGGCCACCACAGCGGGGAUCCCUGGAGCAGCAGCAGUAGCAGUAUGAGCCAACAGGGUUACCAUGGCAGCAUGCUGGGGGGCGGGAACUCGGCCCACGGCCCCACCCAAAGCUCCUCCUACUGCGGGAUCCACCCCCACGACAGAUUGAGCUACCCCUCGCACUCGUCUGCAGACAUCAGCUCCAGCCUUCCCCCCAUGUCCAGCUUCCACCGAGGAGGAGGGGCCGGGGGCGGGGCCAACCACUACAGCACCGCCUCCUGCACCGCCCCCACGAACGGAACAGACAGCAUCAUGGCUAACCGAGCACAGAGCGGAGCAGCCAGCAGCUCUCAGACUGGCGACGCCUUAGGGAAGGCACUCGCAUCGAUCUAUUCUCCAGAUCACACAAACAACAGCUUCUCGUCCAACCCCUCCACCCCGGUCGGCUCACCCCCCUCCCUCACAGCUGCCAGUUCUGCUGUGUGGUCGAGGAACGGCGGACAGGGAGCGUCGUCGCCGAACUACGAGGCUCCGCUGCACUCUCUGCAGAGUCGUAUCGAGGACCGGCUGGAGCGCCUGGACGAUGCCAUCCACGUGCUGCGGAGCCACGCGGUGGGACCCUCGACGGGCAUGGCGAGCGGCCACGGCGACAUGCACAGCCUCAUCGGCGCCGCCCACACGCACAACGGCGCCAUGGGAGCGCUGGGCAGCGGCUACGGGACGGGGCUGCUGUCCGCCAACCGACACUCCCUCAUGGUGGCCUCUCACAGAGAAGACUCUGGUUUGCGUUCCGGUCACUCGAUGCCCGGUCAGGUGUCGGUGCCUCAGCUGCCCGUCCAGUCGGCCACGUCGCCGGACCUCAGCCAGCCCGACCCGUACCGAGCCCUGUCCGGAGGCCUGCAGGGCCAGAGCACCUCCUCCGUGAGCUCGGAGAUCAAGUCGGAGGACGAGGGGGACGAGAACCUCCUGCAGGACGGCAAAAACCUGGAGCCCAAGAAGGAGGACGGCGACUCCAAGGACCUCAAAGCUAUUGAUAGCAACAACGAUGACGAGGACCUGUCGCCAGAGCAGAAGAUGGAGAGGGAGAAGGAGCGGAGGAUGGCCAACAACGCCCGCGAGCGCCUGCGCGUCCGCGACAUCAACGAGGCGUUCAAGGAGCUGGGCAGGAUGGUCCAGCUGCACCUGAAGAGCGACAAGCCUCAGACCAAGCUGCUGAUCCUGCACCAGGCCGUCGCCGUCAUCCUCAGCCUGGAGCAGCAGGUCCGAGAGCGUAACCUGAACCCCAAGGCGGCCUGUCUGAAGCGGCGUGAGGAGGAGAAGGUUACCGUGACGUCGGAUGGAACUCUGUCGUUGGCCGCCGCCCACCACGCCGCCGCCGCCGCCGCCGCUGCCAUGGGCGACGGGCCGAACCCGCUGGGCCAGAUGUAGAGCGCCGCGGCGCCACCUGCCUGUAGGUCCAAGCUGUUGGACUUCAUCAUGAUGAUGAGUGACCACUUCCUCUGACGGCGUUUCCAUGACGACCCGACAGCCGAUCGAAACCCCCGUCGACGCUUCAAGCCAGACCAAUCAGACACGCCGACACCUUCAGCCUGACCAAUCAGAUCAGAUCAGAUCAGCCAUGUUUUUCCUCUCGUCCGUCACCCAUCCUCCUCUUCGCCUUCGUCUCCUCCUCCUCCUCCUCCUCCUCCUCCUCCUCCUGCUUCUUCUUCUCCUCCUGUAGACAGCGGACUGCAGAGUCGCUUUCGCUUCGCUUGCACCGUUUUGCGUCUCCGUUUUGCAACUGAGUCGAACUGGAUGCUCCUCCUCCUCCUCCUCCUUCGUCUUCUCUGCGGGGACGCAACAUGGCCGCCGCAGCACGGAGUGGCGGCUCACGGGAGCCUCGGCGCCGAGCGGAGGCCAACGGACCGAGUUUCUGGAGUCACGUCAUACGAGAAAUUCUUCUUCUUCUACUACUUUUUUCAGCAUUCCCAGUUCUAAGGAACAAGAAAAGGUUCUAUACACACAUACAUAUAUAUAUAAAUACAUAAAUAUAUAUAUGAGAAAAGACAAAACAUUAACAAAAACUUGAUUAAAAAAAAAAACGAGGAGCCCGGACGCGGGGGGUGAGGAGGGAGUGGGCGGGGCCAAGGGAACAAAACAUAUCACAAAGUGUUGUAAAAGACAAAAAAUCAUAUUAAUAAGGUAAACAACGCUGCGCGGCUGUGGCUGAGCGCCGCGCCGCGGACUGAAUGGCGAUCUAGCGCCACACUGUGGAUGAAGCCGUGCCUGAUCUCCUCCUGGAUGCAACCGAGUCAGAUAGAAACACACACGGAGAAACAAAGACCACAAAAAAAUUAAAAACUAAGACAGGAAAUAUGACGCACAGCGGGGCGACACGCUCAUAGAUUCCCAUACAACUGCAUAUUUUUUUGGAUGAAGCAGAGAUUAAGCGGACACAAGGAAUCACUCUGAGAUUGAGAAGGGAUUAGCAAACUAGACAAAAAUCUGCCGCAGCCUUGCAGCUCUUCCAAGGUGCUUGAACAGCCGAGUGAACUGAACGACAAAAACAAUAAAAAAAAACUAAAUAAAUUCAGCUAAACUUGGCAAAGAAGAAGGGACUUUUAUUUUGACACAAAUGCUUUUUGACUAUCAUAGAUGCAUACAAAGAAGCGGGGCUGAGCGAGAAAAAACAAACACAAUGUCAUGCAUUCCUCCAUCUCCGUUUUUUUUUUAUUAUUAUUGUUUUUUAGAUUGUCGGUGUAGAGAAUCGGUUUGCGUUAGCGGCGUCACCUCGUUAGCCACGCCGGCUCGGUGCGACGCUAACUCUGCGAUGCUAACUCUGCGAUGCUAACAGUCGUAACGGCUGGACGGCCUGCAUGUAUCUACUGGGAGGGAGAGAAUUACUAAGACCACAAACUAAUCAAUCAAUCAUUCAAUCAUUCAAUCAAUCAAUCAAUCAAUCAAUCAAUCAGAGAGUGGCUCCAGAGCGAGUGGGGUAUUUAAAAUGAAUUAAAGACGGUAGAGAAAUUAUGUAAAAAGAAAAAGAAUCAAUGCAAUGCAAUAACAAUGAAAAAAAGUGUACUUCUAAAUAUAGCAGGACGGAACCUGAUGAAGAUGAUGAUGAUGAUGAAUCUGUAAAGAGGUUUUUCUGGGUGUGUUGGGCUGUAGCAUCACAGACAGAGAGACAACAGAGAUAGCGAGAGACGGGAACAGAGGAGGAGAAAAUCACCGGUGCCGGCUUGGAACUAGCAAAAAUAAAAAAUCAAAAAUCCUGAAUCUGAAUCUGGUGAAUUCUGAGUUUGGAGAUAGUUGGAGGUGAUUGGCCAGGCUAUCGGUAAAAAUUAAAGAAUAAAGUAACUCCUCCGUUGUUGCCAGGCAGAUGGCUGGAUGGAUGAUAGAUUGAUGGUGGGAUUAUUGAGGCAAAUCCUGUCCCGAGGUUUAGGACAUUCCCUGACUCCCGUCCUUCCUCUGCGACGCCCUGAAGCCCCGCAGUCCGGCGGGCGGGGGGGGCGUCUCGGAAGGAAGGGUGGGAGAGAUGGACGACUGACGUGGACCAACAUCCUCGCUGCAGACAGGGAGAGAGAGAGAGAGAGAGAGAGAGCGUGGUUUAAAAAAAAAAAAAAAAAAGGUUUCGAGAGACGCUGUUCCGGUAGCGAUGAAGCGCC